AUUUAUGUAAACAUACAAAUUAUUUGUAUUCAUAAUUGAAAAGCCUAGAUAAAAAAGGGCCCAUCCGUGCAAUUUGUGCAAAACCCGUUUUUUCCUAAUUGUGAUUCUUCAUUGAAAUCCGCAUCUACCCAGUAGGAGAAAGGCCCACUAAACGCACUCUAAACGUAUUAAAAUCAGCUGUGUGUUAAUCGCUUUGAAGAACAUGGGCCCAUCUGAUACAUUUGGGCCUUUGUUUCGCUAAGUCAAUAUACGUAUAAGUUUUAGUCUGUAGUCUGUGUUGAAUUUGAUAAACAUAACCCCAAAAUAACAGUACAGUUUAUGUUUGUUUAUGAGACGUGAUGGAUAAUUCAGAGAACGAGGAAGCAAGUAUUAUAAAAUUAAAAAGAAAAAGGAAUGUUGACGAGUGGAAAAGUGUUAAAAAUAAAAGGUUAAAGGCGAAAGGAUUAGAGUACACUGCAAAAAAAGGCAAAAAAUCAGCUAGGAUAACAGGUGAAAGAUGCAGGUGAGAUGUCAACGAAAAUGCUUAACAUCAUUUUCCGCAGAAGAAAUGACUCGUAUAUUGGAAAAUUUCAAUAGUAUUGGAGACCAUGUAGCUCAAAACGUUUACCUGCAAGGUCUUAUUACAAUUUCGCCAGUCAACCAAAAAAGAAAGGGAGUGUUUAAAAAGAAGUUUAAUUUUUCCUAUAAAGUGCACAUCGGUGAGAAAGUUUUAUCUGUUUGCCGUGAAGGAUUUGCCAGUUUGCAUGGAAUUGGAACCAAAAGGGUGCGAAAUAUUAGUGCGUCGAAGACUGUAGCUGCGGUACCAAGCGAUAGUCGUGGCAAGCAUCGAAACAGAAAAACAAAUUAUGUGGUACUACUGUUCAACUUAUUGACGCACAUAUACAAAGUUUUCCAUAUUAUAUUGUACACUAUGGACCGAGCGGUGAGCGAAGAAGGUAUCUAUCAUCGCAGCUGAGUGUUUUGAAAAUGUAUGAAAUGUUUUUGGAAAAACAUUACCCAGGAGUCCUUUUCGAAGCUAAACAAAAUGAACGCAAUCUACAAAAAUUACAAAGUGAAGUUAAGUAUUCUUUCUAUUUGCAGUAUUUCCGUGAUAACUAUAACUACACAUUUGGUCGCCCUCGUUCAGAUGUUUGUACAACUUGUUCAGAAAUGGAGGCCAAAAUUUCACACGAAAAAAAUGGAGCCUUGAAAAGAAGUUUGGAAACAGAUCUCAAAGUGCAUAAAACAAGAGCUAAGCUUUUUUACACUAAAAUGCAAGAAUGUUUGUUGAAAGCAAAAGAAAACGAAGAUACAGAAGUUCUUUGUUUUGACUUUAAGCAGAAUAUUCCUUGCCCACAUAUGUGUACUUCUGACGUAUUCUAUAAAAGGCAACUUUGGAUGUACUGCAUAUCCAUUUACUCUGGGAAAAAAUCAAAGAGUGUUAUGUAUACCUGGACAGAAAAUACUGCAAAACGGGGCUGUAAUGAAGUGCUCUCUGUUCUUAAUCAUUACAUAAAUGCAUUUUUGCCUAGCAAUGUCAAAAGACUGUAUGUGUUUACAGAUGGCUGCAGAGGGCAAAACCAUAACCAGAAUAUGCUGAAGUUUUGGCAGACGUUGGUACUAAAUGGGAAGUUUGAAAACAUCCAGCAUUUUUUUCCACAACGGGGACACAGCUUUUUGCCGUGCGACAGGCAUUUUGCUAUAAUAGAAAAAAUGCAAAGAAGAAGAGAAGUGGUUGAAUCGCCUUCAGAUUGGAACACCAUAAUAAGUUCCAAGUUUACUGUUGUUGAGCUUAAAAGAAAUAUGGUGAGAGACUUUGUGAAUGGACUAUCAGAACCUUUUUUUAAAAAAAACUUCACCACAAAUAAGUUGAAAUUCCAAAUAACAAAGUAUAAGUUUUUUGAGUUUAAAAGUGAAUCAAAGUCUUUAAUGUUUGGCAGCUUUUCAUUAAAUAAUGUGUGUACCGAUGUGUUCCGCCUUUUGAAACCUGGUGUUGAAUUUGUUCCUAUACCCGAAAAGCUAGCUUACUCGGCUGAUUUACCUAUAAACGCCCUCAAGCUACAAAAUAUUAAGGAACUUUGCAAGUUUUUAAAGGAUGGAAAGGCCAUUGCAUUUUAUGAUUCCUUGACUGGUGCUACAUGUACACAUGAGGAUGAACCAGACGAGCGUUAGUUCAUAAGUAUUAUAUUUAUCCAAUGUUUACUAUAAGUUACCGUU